AUGAGCUUCAUCCUAACGGCAGCUAUCAUAUUUGUCACUUUUUACAUUUCUGGUAAUGCUAAGGAAAUGGCAACAGUUACGAAGAAAGUUUAUUUUGAUAUUGCUGUCGGUGGUAAUAAGAUUGGAAGAAUAGAAAUAGGUCUAUUUGGUAACGAUGUACCGAAAACAGCAGAAAACUUUCGCGCAUUGGCAACUGGUGAGAAAGGUUUCGGCUACAAAGGAUCCAAAUUUCAUCGUGUAAUCAAAGAUUUUAUGAUACAAGGUGGUGAUUUUACGAGAGGAGAUGGAACCGGUGGUAAAAGUAUUUAUGGUGAUCGUUUUGAUGAUGAGAACUUUAAAUUGAAGCAUUACGGUGCUGGUUGGUUAAGUAUGGCUAAUGCAGGAAAAGAUACCAAUGGAUCGCAGUUUUUCAUAACUACGGUACAAACGUCAUGGCUAGAUGGUCGUCAUGUUGUAUUUGGAAAAGUUCUAGAAGGUAUGGAUGUUGUUAGAAAAAUUGAGCAAACUGCAACACAUCCAGGAGAUCGCCCGAAACAAGAUGUUGAAAUUGUAGACUGUGGCGAAUUGACUAUAGAAGCCCCGUUUGACACACCGAAAGAAGCUGUGGCAUAA